UCCGGUAUCGUACACUGAGUCGGAGAACGAGUUAAAACACAUACACACACUGGCCGAUUCCGAUUUCCCUCCCAGCAGCAAAGUGCCCGUGACUUUAUUUUAUCUACCCGGUUCGGAAAAUGUAAAUUCCAUAGCUAAACGACAUCAACUGCGUGUGAGUUCGGGUGGAUGAUAGUCGCCAAAAAUCGCACCCCGCCAUAUUUUAGACAUAAUUUUUCAAGACAAACCGGUUUAUUCUUCCAAUAUUCUGACCUCCGGUGUUGAAGUCGCCUCUCGAUUGUGCAUUAGUUUGCGACUGACAUCUCCGUGCGGCACAUCCAACUUCAUUCGUACGAUGAAGCAUUGGUAUGCCUUUGCCAUUGUAGGACUGUGUUUGCUGCUCGAAAGGACGAACUGUGCACCACAGUUUGGAGCUUUCGCGCAGGCAGGCAGUUCAAAGUACGUGGUGAGGGAGCAAUCGGUAGCACGUGUGGCCAAAGUGGAAAUAAAUAAUAACAAUCCCAGCACGGCGAAUGCCAUCAGUUCGAUUACGUCAUUGCGUAAUCAGUUCAGUGUGCAAACCGUUUUUCAAGCUCCAGACCAACAAAUUCAGCGACCUCAAGGAAUAAGGAACCCGCUACCAAAUCAGAAUGCUCAGCCAAACUUGGCACGUGCUCAGCAGACUACGUUCCAACAGAUUAGGCCCACCGCUGGCAGAGUUCAGCAGUUUCAACCAGCCAGGAUAAACGCUCCCCAGAAUCAGGUCAUCACGGAACCGCAGAUAGUGAAGGAGAUUCAACCCUCCAGGACAAAUGUUCCCCAGAAUCAGCUCAUCAGACGGCAGCAGAUAGUGCAGCAGUUUCAACCCACAGGGACAAAUGCUGCCCAGGCUCAGCUCAUCAGACGGCAGCAGAUAGUGCAGCAGUUUCAACCCACAGGGACAAAUACUCCCCAGACACAAACCAUCAGGCGACAGCAGCUAGUGCAGCAGUUUCAACCCACAGGGACAAAUACUCCCCAGACACAAACCAUCAGGCGACAGCAGAUAGGGCAGCAGCUACAGCCCACUGUGACAAGAGUGCAGCCAGUUCAAGUAACAAGGCGAACGGAAAUAGUGCAACAGGUACUACCGACCGGGACAAACGCUCCUCAAACACAAACCAUCAGGCGACAGCAAGUAGUGCAGCAGGUUCAGCCCACCGUGACAAGAGUGCAGCCAGUUCAAGUAGUAAGACGUAAGCAAGUAGUGCAACAAGUUCAAUCUACCAGGACAAACGCUCCCCAGACACAAACCAUCAGGCGACAGCAGACCGUGCAGCAGCAGCCCACUGUGUCUAGAGUGCAGCCAGUACAAGUGAUAAGGCAGCAACAGCAACCACGUGUAGUGAGCCAGCCGCAACCCAUCGCAACAGCACAAUACACACCGGCUCAAACGGUGCAAACCGCCCCUGCUCAGUCACAGUACGAGCGUGAGCUGGCCCAGUAUCGCCAGGUUCUGGCUGAAUACCGAGCACAAACAGGAGGAGCAGCACCUCAAGUCUACCAGACCCAAACAGCAGCGCCGCAAGUUUAUCAGGCCCAAACAGCAGCGCCUGUAGUUUACCAGCCCCAACCACAAUACGUCCAAACAUACGCACAGCCCGUCCAACAGCAGCCGUACUAUGUGCAGCCGGCCCAGCAGCAGCCAUACUAUCAGCCGAGUACCGGUCGAUCCAACACUUCCGGCGGCAGGUCUUCAGGUUUGCUAUCCACUUUCACGAAUGGAUUACGAGCGCUUACUGGUGGAUUGUUUGGUUAAGUGAAUGGAAUGGGGCCACCUAGCACCGGUACCAUCACCAGCGAAGCAGAUCGAACAAUCGUGUGCUUAUGAGUCAAGCGUGUGGUUCAACAGAUGCUAGGCAUGCUUUAUAGUUCGUGACAUUUCAUUUGAAUUCAAAUUAAUUCAUCACAUGUUAAAAACAAUAAUAGGAAAUAUAAAAAUAUGCUCUCAGAAUGGUACACCCAACAUGAAGCAUUAUUUAUUUGUUGCGCUGUUGGGGAUUUUCAAAGCAAGCUUUUAGGAAUUUGCUCAUGUCUCUCUAUGUAUAGUUUGGAAUAAAAACAAUAAAAUUUAAAUGGAAUAAUAAAUAUUUCAAAUCACAUGAUAAAUGAUUUGGGAUUUAAGCUCAUUUUUUGGGUUCGUCGCUUGUUCUACACGUUGAAGGUGGUUAAGUCUUUCGUGUAAACUCUAACCUAUGUAGGGGAAGGUGAAGGUGAUACACGUAAAUAAUGCGGAUCGAUAACCUGUUUUAGGGGUUUAUAUUUUGUAAUGUCGCCUAAGGAGGAAGCUUUUAGCGUAAAGGGUAGUAAAUAAAUCGAUUGAACGAUUUUUGGUGGUCGAGGUUAUCCACAGUUCGAACACUAGAGCCCAAAAUAUAUCCCUUCUAAUCACCUCCUGCCUUCUUUUCAUUGAU